AAUUGGGACAAUGCUUGUACUAUAUAGUUCACUAACAUAUGAAUCUAUAACUCUAUACAUACAACAUAAUAAUGAUUGAAGAAUUGAAGUAAUGGAAGUCUAAUAUGUAUCUAUCCCCUUAUCUUGCUUUCGUUUUUCUCCGGUUUCUUCCUCUGGUCCUACUCAGUGAAGGGGAUGGCGUAAAAAAAUAUAUGGUGGACCAAAGAGUGAGGGAGACAGAAGCCAAGGCAUAAG